AGCUACCCGAGACCAACUGUUAUUUUCACCACUAAUACAUCCACUGAAGCACUGAGUGUACCUGGAGUUUAGAGAACUUGAAUCAUCCCCCACUGUAUCUGACUUUCUGAUAAGUGAUUUUUGCAAAAAUCUGAGAUGUAUGCGCUUUGUUUAAAGUAACGUCGUGAUAUGAUUUCCUUCUUUGAACGCGUAUGGUUCGUCCUAAUGCUUUAGAGUUUGGAAUUAUUUCUCAUGACGCUCAGGAGGCAACAUUUUAAUGCGCGUCAUGUGGUAUGGAGUUCAGUGGAAUGAAUAAGACGUCCGAGGAGACAUUAAGUUAUUUGAGUUCUUCGGCAACAGCUCAUCCUUCUCUGUACAAAACUUUGCGAUAUAGUCCUAGUAAUGAAUAUGGUGAAAAAAGUUUAUCUCAUAGUUCACCCGAAGGCCAGGUUCUUCGCUUAGUUGACGCGUUCCACUGUCCAUUUAAUAACGAUCUUAGGGAAUGUGAAUCCCCCCAAAUCCCUAUGGUGUCAGCUAUGUGCAAUCGUUUGGUCCCAUCGGACAUAUUAUCUGGAUUUGUUGAUAGAUCUGAGUUUGACCACUCAAAAGUACUGAAUAACAACGAGAAACCAGCAGCUCCUGAAGUAGGUGACACAACUGUACUUCUCAAACCUGAUCUCAAUGAUAAGGCUUUUCCUUGUUCUGCAACGAAAGUAGUAAAUAACUCACCUUCACCUGCAAGCAAUUUAAUACCAGAUGCUGUAUGUAUCCCUUCUCCAUGUAACGGAUCUUUGUCUAGACCAGAAAGUAACAGUGAUGAGUCGUGUCAGGUCGAUAAACCUGAAACAGGUAGGGAUGUUAAUGGUUGCAGACCUACUGAUGUCUCCCCGACGCACGAUCAGGAGCGUGCUAAGAUGGACUUGGAUAAGUUGGAUGAAACAAUUGACUAUGUGUUGUCAGUCGCACGGAGUGACGAGCCUUGUGAAGGGAUGUUUGUACUUACCUGUAGAGCACGAGAGUCUACUGUUACGUCCUCACCAAAUCCUAGAGUUAAUACUCCUAGUUCUGAACUUAUAAAUUCUCCGACAAUUUCUCCAGCUCCGUCUCCUCACUCCAACAAUUUAAAUUCUCCCGUGCUUCAAACCUGUAGAACUCAAGCUGUGUUUCAAUCCAACUCCUCAUGCAGCAUGGUGUCCCCACAACCUAUGCAACGAUAUAUAGUAGAUCAAACCCAUGGGAUUAUUCAGUUGUCAUCAAAUCCAUCUCAGUGUGUCUCUGCCCAUUAUGGUAACCAGGGUGUUUCUUUCGUCCAGUUAUGCUCAGACUCUUCCUCUAACCCCGUAUUUCAGGUUUCUCAGCACCAUAUCGUUUCACAAAUCAGUCAGCCUCUAACAACAAAUACACACGUCUUGUUUCAUCCCAGCAUGCUACAUAGCUUUCAGAAUCAUCCAGGGCAACAAGCUCAGUUUACAAUACCACAUUCCACAUUACCUACUGCUUCAGUUCAAAGAAUAAGUACUCCAAUUUUAUCUCCUGUAAGAACUAGCGUCUUACAAAACGUUGUUAAUCAAGUUGCCAAAUCUUCAGAUACCAACAUAACAUCCUAUCCUGUAUCUAAUCACAUCAUAGAAAGUACAAAUCCACCAAUUUCUACUCAAGCAGUUUCCAUUAAUCCUCCAAAUAUUUGUGUUGUGCAGUCUCCUCAAUCCUUGCUUUGUGGUACUGUUGGAACACCUGUGUCUUUAGAAGCUUCAGGUGACGUUAAGUACUCACUAUCUGUUCCUACUGUUAUUAAUGAUCAAAAUUGCUCACAAACAAAUUCUUCGGUAGCCUUUCGCCAUCCCAUUAUUCCUGUCAAUACAACUUCCCCCAUGCUCCCCACAUCUUCCGUAGGUGUAUCCAGCCACGGUCUUCCAGUAACUAACAGCCACAUCACUACUUGUUCCCAAAGCAUCACAAGUACACCUAGGAAGCGGUCGCAUGCCUCAACAUCAGGGAAUAGUAAACGUCGAAAAACUGUCGGCAGUCCAUCAUAUCCUGUCGUUCCAGUCUCAAACAAAAAUAUCACCGUUCACGAAGCUUCUAUUCGUUCUUUACAUUCGGGCGCUCAGGAACAGAUUGAUAAAUUAAAAGGUGUUGAUCUAAAAUCAUUAGUCUCAGCUCCCACUCUGCAACCUUUUUUUUCAGUCCUUCCACCCACUGGUUCAUGUGAUUCGCCGUUUCCUAGAGGUGCUGAUGAAGCAUUUUACCACAAACAUGGUUUAAAAUACUCUCGUGGACGUAUGUCUCUUAAAUUCCCCAAGUGUAUAGAUCGGACUACUUCACACAAAGUUGUCGAUUCAUAUCUUACACAGCAUCUUAAAGUAGUGGUACCACCUGGUCCCGUCAUUUAUCCAUCUAAAUGCUUCAGGCGACAAUCUGUUGAGUGUCAUUCAGUGUGCGCCUCUCCGGAACCUCCAUCAUUUGAGAAUAACAUGAAAACUCUAUUCUCGAGAAUGAAUCAAUUUACCAAGAACUAUUCAAAAGAUGUUUAUGAUGAAAUCAAAGUUGGGUAUGACUCGUGCAAAUUGUCGGGUGAGACACUCAUACCUCAGUCACUGCUUCAAAUGUUUUCUCAAAACCCAUCAAAUUCUUUAGAAAGGACUGAAAUGGAUAGAUGUACUCCUCCGCUCGCUCUGUAUCAUAUGCCUAAUCCUCGCCUGCUUUGUCAACCCAUUCAUUUAGCUCCUUGUUCUGGAACAGGUAUGGAUUCAGGACUAACUAAGGUUAACGGUUCAAACAUAUCUACUCUAAAGGCUGAACAGGAUAUGCCAGGUCUAGACACACAUAAAAGUGUAAUGAGUGAGUCUUCAAUGUCCGUCGAUCUGAAUCCAUGCACUCCAUUCGUCGAUUCAGAAACUGGUGAAAUCAUGGUUUCACCCCAGUUAAAAUCAACAAAGGCGUCUCUAGGUCCUACUUUAAAUGAGGAUGACAAGUUACAUAUCACGUUCACCGUAAAUCCUUCAGCAACUGUAAACAUAUCGAAAAUCAUCCACCGAAUCUCUGAAAUAUUGGGUGUAGAAGAAAAUUCCAUUGACUGUCAAAUCACCAGAUCAGGUGCACAAAUAACUUUAGAUCAGAAGCAAUCCCAAAGUGAAGUUGUGAUGCGUAACCUAGAAACUCAUUUAAGACAGCAGUUUACACCACUGUCCUUACAAUUUGAAAAGGAUUCAAGAGAUUGUUUAGCACAGGGAAUCCACAGUUCCAGUCAUAUACAAUCUAACACACUAGAAAAUACGCCUCAUACGAAACUUCUUCCAUCUAAUCUGCCCCAGUUAAGUUCAUGCAAAUUAGAGUGUGAUACUGUUAAUAAAACUGAUUUCAGUCCAGUUUAUUCACAGGAAACAUGUCGUUACUCUGAGGAACCCGUCAGCAUUACUUCUAUACUCGCCAGUAGGAACCGCUCUGCAAAAUCGUGCAAAAUGUGUGGUAAGCCAGUCUCUCCUCAUAUGAUGCAGCGCAAGUGGUUGGAUGAAUUAUGUUCAGUCAGUGGAGUAUCCAUUAAUUUUGAUAAUGCAGUCGAUCUUCUGUUUUGUUCUAGUGACUGCUUGUAUGGUUUCGCCCGCCUUUUGUCUUGUUAUCGAAAUAAGUACUCGGAAACGUCACUGGAUUAUUCCUCACAAACAGAUAUAUUAAACAUCAGGAAUUGUUAUAACUUUGAACAACAGCGACAGCUUAUAAUGACUGACUUUCCGUGCUCUAUGCCCAUAUUAUUACAAAACAACUUAUCGAAAUCAAAACCUAACCUCAAACGCCAGCAUCCUCAACACUGCGUUACAAAUAAAAAACGUCCAGCAAAUACUUCUACAGUUCCCUCCAAAUUUAGGAAAUGGCAAGGUAUACGAUGGAGACAAUAUGUGUCCGAUACCCAUCAUCCAUCGGACACGUCAUACAGACGUAACAUAGUCGAUGAUGCUCUCAGUCCUUUUAUAAGUAAUCCUGCAGUUAUGCGUGCUCCAUAUUCCGAAGAUAAACGAUUGUGCGAUUUGUGUCAUCAAGCUGGAGAUGCUCCUGAAGACGGUGCUGGUCGUUUACUCCCUCUAGACUUAGAUAAUUGGAUACACAUUAACUGUGCUUUAUGGUGCUAUGAGGUGUAUGAAACUAUCGGAGGAUCCCUAAACAAUUUAGAUGUCUGGUUAGCUAAAGCAAAAGAGACAGCUUGUACACAAUGUGGUUUACUUGGUGCUGGUUUGCCUUGUUAUAAUCCAAAAUGUUCCUAUGUUUAUCAUGUACCAUGUGCAAUCAAAAUACGAUGCAUGUUCUUCACGGAUCGUGGUAUGUAUUGUCCCCAACACCAACCUAAAGAAAUCCAUCCAAUGCAGUUAUCCUCUUUAGCGGUCAGUCGACGUGUAUACAUUAGCCGUGAUGAAAAUAGUCAAGUAGCUCGUGUGGUGCAUGAAGAUAGUAAUAAAUAUGUUGUUCGCAUUGGAGGAGUAUCUUUACAUUCGAUUGGGCAGUUAUUACCUCACCAGAUUGACAGUGGGAACUUUCAUAAUCGUCGGAAUAUAUAUCCCACUGGGAUGUGUUCCACUCGGAUUUACUGGUCAAUGCGCCGACCGCGUUCUCGAGCAAAAUAUGUCUGCGAAAUAUUGGAAAAGGACUCUCAUCCCUUUUUCCGCAUAACAGCAAUCGAUAGGGAUAUGGAAAAUGUGUCUGUUACGCACGAGACUUGCGACGGGGCUUGGCAGAUAAUUCUGUCACGAAUUGAGGUUCUUUGUAAAGAACAUAAAUUAGUAAAACUUUUCCCACAACUUCUUAGAGGGGAAGAUUUGUUUGGUUUAAACGAAUCUCAUAUAGUUCGAGCCGUAGAAUCUCUACCAGGUGUAGAGAGUUUGAGGGAUUAUGUUUUCAAUUUCGGACGUCUUGAAUUAAUAUCUGAAAUGCCGUUAGCCAUAAACCCAUCUGGAUGUGCACGAUCAGAGCCGAAAAUGCAAACUUAUGUGAAACGUAUGCAUGAUGCUGGCGAAUAUUCCAUUUCAUUUAAUCACCGAACAAGUCUACCGGGUGUUCGACGUUUAUCUCAUCCAAGUUUCAAUGGAACAACUUGUAGCAACGGAGUGUAUAAUAUAGAUACGGCAUCAAAACAGCAUCAAAGCAGUCGUUCUCAACAGUACCGAAAAUUAAAGACAGAAGUUAAUUCCAACGUUAUUCUCGGUCGAUCGCGUAUUCAGGGAUUAGGUUUAUUCGCUGCACGGGAUUUGGAACAACAAACUAUGGUAAUUGAAUACGUAGGUGAGUUAAUCCGCUUAGAAAUAGCCAAUAAAAGAGAAAAAAACUAUGAAGCUCAUAACAGAGGCAUAUACAUGUUUCGUCUUGAUGAUGAUACAGUAAUUGAUGCGACUGUUUGUGGGGGACUCGCUCGAUAUAUUAACCAUUCCUGCCAACCAAACUGCCUCGCUGAGUUCGUCAACUUCGGUGGUCAUUCACAUAUUGUGAUAAUUACUAACAGACGUAUAAAAAAGGGUGAAGAGUUAUGUUAUGACUACAAUUUUGACUUAGAAGAUAGAAGCGACAAAAUUCCUUGCCUUUGCAGAGCUCCAAAUUGUCGGAAAUGGAUGAACUAGUAGCUUUGUAAAUCUUUGUUUUCAAUACUUUUUGUGAGACAACUAUUGUAGAUAGGUAUACUCCGACUCCCUAGAUUAUUAUUCAACCCAGUCUAGUGCUUCUCAAUAACCAUCCAGUAUAGUUUAUAGUGCCUUUACAUACUUCACUUGGAUUUGUACAUUUCAUGCCACUUAGUAUUCUAUAUUUCAUUCCUAAUGUAUGUUAUGUACAGCUUUUACUUAUUUGUUAUGUUUUUAAUUUCUCUCAGUUACGUUUAAGAUAUAGUGGUAUUUUUAUGUAUAUUGUCAACUAAUGUGCAUAGUUCUAACGCAUUACGGGUGUACAGUGAUUUCGUGUUCCAUAUCAACUUUGUCCCCAUGUAUUAUACUUAUUUGUACAGACCAAUUAUGUACCUUAUUCAUUUCUUUCACAUUCCCUAAUGUUGUAUAUAUGUUUGAUCCAACUAAUUGUCCUUUCUAGUUUUGUUUGAAAAAUUUGAGUAUCAAUUGCAGCCAAUUAUUUUGGUUUAUUACACGUUUGAGUAUCAUUGUGGCUUCAUUUUUCUUAGCAAUAAUAGUGAUUUCAAGAAAUAAUUCAGAUGUACCUAAUUUCUAUGCUUCAGCUAAGUAAAACUUUUUACUAAAGUGAACAAACCACGCACUCACUGUAACUGUACUUGUACACGCAUGCAUUUGAAUAAUAAAAAUUGUUUUCUUUGCAAAUGGUUCUCAAGGUGUAACCACUUAAGUGUCUUCGUCUAUUUUCACUUUGACCAUUAUACCAUUGGGAAUUCAUAAUUUUCCAGUCGUCGUAUAAAUUACUUAAUGUCGCGACUUUUUGUAUUCAAAAUCACAAUAGUUAAUCAGUUGCAUUUAACAUUUAAUAAGCAUUAUGUCAUUGUUCUUCAAGAUUGGUUCAAGUCAGAUGUAUGAUUUUAAUAGUUAGAGUAUUCGACUUUCAACCAACAAACCUCAGGUUCGAGCUUCCCACCUAUCAUGCGGCUGCUAAUUUUAACCACACAAAAUGUGGCUCAAAGCCAAGCUCACAAGCCUUUAUUUGGUUUAUCUAUCACUAUUCUAAACAUUUGGUCUUCAUUUUGUGGCAUUUAUUAACUUGCAUAACGAUCUUGCCUGUAAUAUCGUUGAUAAAUCUGAGUACAGCAUUAUGGUCCAAAAAGCCUCAGUCGCUUGACGCUAGCCCAGGUACUAGUCAUUUUCUCAAAACUUAUUAUUCAAUGCUCAUUCUCCCUACCUCGGUUUGAUCAAUCGAAUAGUAUCAUUACCCCUCACUCAGAGGGACAAGUAUUUAGUGAAUAUAGAAGUGCUCUACACCAAACUGAGAGUGUUGCGAUACAAUAUAUGUCUACCAUACUGGCUGAAGUCUCAAAGAUAAGUUCAUAUAUUUCUCCAAAUAUCCGUAUUAUUCUUUACAACCGUAUAUCUUGUAUUCACGAUGAGGUAUUAGGAAAUAAGAAAGGGGUUAACAGUUAACUUGAUAAAUCCAAAUGAUAUUUGUGAAAUUUGUGUGGUUGACACACCGACAGCCUUAUAUGAUGUGAGAGUACUUCAUGCGGGAUGUUAUUAAUAAACUAAAUCCACGUCGUAUUAGUUUUCCAUAUUUAGAUUAUCCCUGGUUCAGAGUUGGUUUAUUUUCACUACCGACAUUCUCGUCCUCAAACAUCAUUAAAAAUGUUGGUUAACCAUUUCUAUUAUGACUUCGUCUAUAAGCUUUAAAUUUGUUAGUUUCAGUUUUGAAACCUGAAAUAGCGGACAAGAUUUGUAGCUCAGAUGAAUGAUUUGAUCAUGGAGCUUUCGUCGUUAUUCUGAACGACAUCAACACAAACUUCAGGUAGAUCAAGAUCGAGGUUUACAGGACAAGCUGUGAGCCAAAUAUGGAGGAGUCCGAACACUUCCCUUCUGCCUUAAGUUUGUGCUGAUGAUGUCAUUUAGGAUAACAAUGAAAGCUCCAGUCAGUCAGCUACAACGUAGAACCAGGUACAUAUAUGCAUCGAUCGAAGUUACCAUACCUCGUUAGCACAACAAGAUGAA